GACCAGCGUGAUGGCACUGAUGCGACUGAUGGGGUCCAAACACAUCAGCUCAGUGCGGGUGAAGAUGAUGACCACCCUGCGCACCGGCCUCCGCUAUCGAGAAGACUUUCCUCUGCUCUGCUGCCAAACGUGGGAGUGUUUCGUGAGAAGCGUGGAGACGGCACAUCUUGGCCCCCUGCUGAGCCACGUGAUUGUGGCGCUCCUGCCUCUCAUCCCCCUGCAGCCCAAAGAGACCGCUGCCAUCAUCCGCUUCCUCAUACUAGACAACAGGGAAGAGGUCAACGACUACCUCCAUGAGAUUUACUUCCUGCCGGACCAUCCUGAGCUCAAAGACAUUCACACUGUGCUGCAGAACUACAAAAAGGUCCAUUUGACGGUGCUAGUCGGGAUCAUACAACACAAAUACGAUUCCAAUACUUGGCAGCUUCUAGUUUCGUAUCUUCAUUGCUUCUUAUUUUGGUCCCUCAACGC